UGCUCCAACUUUAAUUUACUCUCCCCUGCUCUCUCUCUCUCUCUCUCUCUCUCUAUAUAUAUAUAUAUAUAUGAAAUCCACUCAUAUAUAUUUUUGUAUAAUUUUGAUAUUUGUCUUUGAUAAUCUUAAUGUUGUCUCGGAUUCUCUGUCAUCUUAUAUUUCCAUUCUCACAAAAUCACACACACACACUCUCUCUCUCUCUCUCUCUCUCUCUCUCUCUCUCUCUCUUACAUUUCGGUGUGUAUAAUAAUUAGUUUUUAGUGACAUUUUCAAAAAGUUAAAUCAACAAAUUUAACAUCUUUCUUUUCGUUGGUUUUGCAACAAAUUUAAGAACACCUGUCAGUUAUCCAAAUACAAAAUUUCUAUCUUUACUCUAAAGUUCCCAGGCAGGAGUAUUUAAUCAUCAUUUACAGAUAUUAGUCAAAACUAUGGAGGAUAUUAUUGUUAAUAUUUAGUUAUAGUAGGGAUAAUUGUGUUUUAAGCCUCCUAUACAAAUUUUAUAGUCCUACAGGUAUACAUGUAUACACACUUGGAUAUUGAUUAUGUGGACAUUGAUUCUGGAUUUUGUGGCGUCAAAAAAAGAUAAAAUAAAAUUGCACUACACACAUGAGAAUCUUUUUGGUGCAACCCCAACACCAAACCAAACCCAAGAGACGCUUGCACCUCGUGAAAAUGAAUUUUGUUUCCCAUUGUGCCACUGGUUAAAGUUUAAUCAGUUGCAAAUUGCAAUGUUAUGACUUCUAAAGUCAAGAGAGACAGACAGAGAGACGGAGAGAGAACAUAAACACUGCGAAUUGAUGCUGCUCAAUUUUGAAAUUGUGAUCGUGAUCGUGGACUUGUGUCACAAUGGGGACUGUGAUUAGUAAAACUGCAAAUGGCAUUGGAACUCUUUUAGGAAAUGCCUUUGUAGCUCCAUUAAAAGCUGUUUUUGGAGGAUCUUGCGAGGGUGUUUGUUCAGGAACAUGGGAUAUAACUUGUUUUAUCGAGCAUAUGUGCAUCUCCAAUCUGGUGAAACUGUUAAUGGUUUUGGGGCUUUGUUACAUAACUUUAAUGUUCUUCUAUCUAAUGUUCGAGCUGGGGAUAUGCCAAUGCAUAGGAAGAAGCCUUUGCAGGAUGUGUUGGGCUGCAUGUGAGACAUACUGGUUCGCAUUGGAAGAUUUCACCUGUUUUCUUUGUCAUAAGUUAAAGAAUGUCAAGCGGGUAAACCGUCAAAGCCGGCACCGGUGCUGGCGCCGCUUUCGUGAUGUUGAGUUAGGGUGUUCUUCCAGUGAAGAGAAUACAUCUCUAGGUGUUGAUCGAAGUGUCAUUAGAAGGAGGAAGCUAAUUAGGAAGAGAAAGGAUAGACCGGGGAGCACUUUCUACCCUUUAAGACAGGUUCCUAAAAAUAGAUAUGGUAGUCACAAUCACCACCACCACCACCACCAUCACUUAAGGUUGAAGACCAGAGAAGUGUCUGUUCAUGUUAAGGGCAGGUCUCAAGGAGCAAAGUACUCAAGACAGCUUCAAAUGAGGAAGCUGAGUAAUAUUCGAAGAGAAGCAGUAUUGUUCAAGAAGAGAAGGUUCAGGUUUUGGUGACUUUGGUGACAUAGUUUUCAAGUUUUGUGGUGAUCUGUGACCAUUACCAACCAACAAAAUCUCCCUUUAUCAAUAAGCUCUUCAACCCACAGGCAUUCCUUGCUUGUUGAAAUUACAAUGACUAGUUGCAGUCUUGGUGUACUUCUCUUUCUUGUACUCUUAAGCUUUUCUCUUGAGAGUCAGCAGCUUUAUGGGCAUUCAUUCAAGUUAUCAUCAGAGGAAACAGGAUCUCAUCAUGUUGGUAUGAAGGGAACUAGAUGGGCAGUUUUGGUUGCAGGCUCAAAUGGUUACGAGAAUUAUAGGCAUCAGGCUGAUGUAUGUCAUGCCUAUCAAUUACUGAGGAAAGGUGGAUUGAAAGAUGAAAAUAUCAUUGUUUUCAUGUACGACGACAUUGCAUUCAAUGUACAGAACCCUAGGCCUGGUAUCAUCAUAAAUAGGCCACAAGGUGAAGAUGUUUAUGAAGGAGUACCCAAGGAUUAUACUGGACAUAAUGCAAAUGUCCAUAACCUUUAUGCUGUUAUACUUGCGAACAAAACUGCUCUUACAGGAGGUAGUGGCAAGGUUUUGGAUAGUGGUCCAGAGGAUCAUAUUUUCAUAUAUUAUACUGAUCAUGGCGGUCCCGGGGUGCUUGCGAUGCCUUAUGAUGAUUAUGUUUAUGCUGAUGAUCUCAUUGAUGUAUUGAAGAAAAAGCACGAGUCCAAUACCUUCAAAAGCAUGGUAUUCUAUCUUGAAGCCUGUGAAUCUGGGAGCAUGUUUGAGGGCCUUCUUCCUGAAGGAUUAAACAUAUAUGCAACCACAGCAGCCAAUGCAGUAGAGAGCAGUUUUGUAACUUAUUGUCCCGAUGACUAUCCUUAUGUUGCCCCAGAAUAUGACACUUGCUUAGGUGACUUGUAUAGUGUUUCUUGGAUGGAAGACAGUGACAAGCAUGAUUUGCGUACUGAAACUCUGGAGCAACAAUAUGAAGUGGUGAGGAGGAGGACAUCAAAUGAGUAUCCAGAAAACGGCUCCCAUGUCAUGCAGUAUGGAAAUUUGAGGCUUAGAAAGAAGUCUCUGUACGAUUAUUUGGGUACAAAUCCUGCAAAUGAGAACUAUACUUAUAUGAGACACGAUUCCUCGACAUCAAUUUCAAAGCCUGUUAGCCAAAAUGACGCUGACCUCCUUCAUUUUUGGCACAAGUUCCGCAAAGCUCCUAAAGGUUCUGAAAAGAAACUUGAGGCUCAGAAGCAAUUAAUUGAUGAGUUAAAUCAAAGGUUGCACAUAGACCAUAUUAUGAUGUUUAUUGCGAAGCUUCUGUUCGAAUCUGAAAAUGGGCUGCUGAUGCUGGAAACUGUUAGACCUGCAGGACAACCUCUUGUAGAUGACUGGAACUGCUUGAAGACACUUGUGAGGACUUAUAAGGAACAUUGUGGAUCUCUGUCAAGGUAUGGAAUGACGUACAUGCGUGCCAUUGCUAACAUGUGCAAUGCUGGGGUGAAGAUGGAGCAGAUGGCCAUGGCAUCAGCUCAAGCUUGCAUGGGGACCACACUGAUUCAUGCAGCUCCCUCUACAAUGAAUUAAAUUAAGAGUCCUAGUACAUCACCUAUAUCUCUUUAAUGUUCUUUGAACAGUCUCUGUGCAUAAAAAAUGAAUUGUGAAAGCUAUUUGCUUAGCUGUUUGAUGAUUUCUACCAUGGAUGAAGCUUUGAUUUAUGAAUAUUAUUAUCAGCUUAAAUAAGCAGCUUGUUCAGAUUUGGUUGGUGUGAAUGUUAGAAUUGGUGAACACUUUGCAGGUUGAGGAGUUGCCAUUAAAUUGUUACGCCUACGGCUACGUCAAUGUCACAAUUGAGUUAAUUAUUUGUAGAUUAUUAAAAAAAUUAUUAUUAAUGUCAUAGUUUUGUAAAUGAGUGUGUAA